CCCAGCAUGUUCCAAGACCAGCUGGCAGUGAAGGUCCGGCCUUUCAUAGACUAAUAGAUGGACAUGAGAUCCAUAGGGAUAGAUAAGGAGCUGCCACUGCCAACCAUUGCUGUGGUGGGAGACCAGAGUUCAGGAAAGAGCUCUGUGCUUGAGACCCUUUCUGGGGUGGCGCUGCCCAGAGGGACUGGUGAGAUUCUGUAUUGUUUCCUGAAUAUACAAAAAAACAAUUGAAAUCUAUAUUAGCAUUUUAAAUGUCACGCCCAAAUCACCCAAAGUCUCUGAAAGUGGUUGUUUAACUUAGACUUGAUUUGGGCAUUGACUAGUUUUUGGUUUGAAAAUGCUGAAGUUGGCGAUUUAGGACACUGGCAAGGUAAACAACCCUGAAGCAGGUUUUCACACUAUCCUUGUCCAUAGACAAGGUCAGGAAAUAUAUACAGUACAAUAGGACCACAGAGACACGGACAUUGCUGAAAUGUUUAGAAUAUUCAAAUUAACUUGAUAACCGCAGCAAACCUGUUAAAUGCGUAUUUACUGUACAUGAGUUUUCUAACCAUUUAGUGACACUGUAAAUGUCUGACAUGCUUUUAGAUCAUUAGAGCAACCUUGGUGUGUAUGUAGCCUGCAGAAAUGAUAUAUUUAUCAUGCAAUUCGUGUCCCGGUCCGUUAUUGACUGUACUGUCAUAUUGUAUUGUAUUGAUUGUUCUGUUAUACAGUAUAAUGAUCUGUCAUUGGUACUUCCUUGUUUACAGGUAUUGUCACCAGGUGCCCACUGCUACUUAAACUGUGUAAUGACAGGUCAGUGAGAUGGAAGGCUGUCAUCUCAUACGGAGGCAAAUUCAGUUCUGAUUUUGACGAUCCCUCAGAAGUCGUGAGACACGUUGAACAAGGUCAGAUGGGAACGAACACACACACACACACGCACACACACACACACACACAUUAUUUUAUACUGUAUAUUAACCAGUGGAGGCUCCUCAGAGGAGGAAUGGGAGGACAUUGACUUCAAUACAAAACCUAGGGGGCUCAUGGUUCUCACCCACUUCCAUAGACUUACAAAGCAAUUUUGACAACUUCCGGAGGACGUCCUCCAACCUAUCAGAGCUCUUGCAACAUGAACUAACAUGUUGUCCACCCAAUUAAAGGAUCAGAGAAUUAAUCUAGAACUGAAAGCAUAAGCUACAGCUAGCUAGCACUGCUAUACAUAAAAUGUGGUGAGUAGUUGACUAGAAGAGAGAAAAACAAUAGUUGAACAGUUUGCAACAAAUUAAUUUCUUCAGAAAUUAAGGAGAAAACUAUCUACAUUUCAUUUUUACUUACUUAACUAGCUAAUUCAGCUAGCUAUUUAUUUAAUUUUUUGUCAUUUAGCAGACGCUCUUAUCCAGAGCGACAUACAGGAUCAAUUAGGGUUAAAUGCCUUGCUCAAGGGCACAUCGGCAGUAUUUUCACCUAGUCGGCUCGGGGAUUAGAACCAGCGACCUUUUGGUUACUGGCACAGCACUCUUAACCACUAAGCUACCUGCCGCUUUAGUGUAGCCUACUCAAACACCAGGCUCAAACAGAGAGGGAUGCUAUGUUAGCUAGCUGGCUAUGGCUAUCCAACACAGGAACUCUUCCAAGUCAAGGUAAGCUUUUUUGUUUAAUUCGUUUUUAGCCACUGUCUCUGAAACACUGCCUGUGUCACUGCUAAACUGCUUGCUGCUGACUGAAAACUGGACUGCAUCAUUGUAGCAGCUGAUGUGUUGUGCCCCUAAGUCUACAAGCGAAGGGAAAAGGUGAGAGGUGGAGAGUGCGUAUAUGGGAGAAGGAAUUAUCCAUACAAUGAUCAAAGGGAUCAUGCUGUUUGUAUUUUGCUGCUAUGAAAGUGAACUGUGAUUGCGUGUGAUCAGGGGUGUAUUCAUUCCACCAAUUAUGUUGAAAAAUGUUUCUUAAACGGAAUCAAACGGAUUGAAAAAGGGACAAACAUACCUGAAUUUGUCCAAUAGAAACUCUCGUUUGCAACUGUUGGACUAAUGAUUACACCCUAGAUCAGUUAGAUGCAGGCAAGAGUGUGCAAGGCGGUAUUGAAUGUGUCAAUGUCUGUCACCUUGAUUACAAAAACGUCUCUCGACUUAUGUUGUAAACUUUCAUUUGUAGGCUAGGUUGUAGCAACCUCACGAUGGGUAUAGGGAAACUUAGAGUAUGAUAUAGUAGCCUAAACCUAUCGAUGUGACAUUGAGCUGGGUGAAUGGAAUACGAAUGUCAGUCAUCCAAUAUGCUGUAAUAGAAAUAAGGCCUUGCUCAUUAAAAAAAUAAAAAUAUUCUCCCUUAUCUUAAACGGCCCCCGACCGCCACUGACAUUGACAUAUCUAUUCUUUUUUUUGGUGGAAAAGUUGAUAUGGUAUUUACCAUAGACAACUACAGAAUACAUUAUACAUAAUAAUAAGAGUUCUGUUGGGGUAUAAAUCAGUUAAUAAACUCAUCUGUUUUUUCAUCAAUAUUUGAAUUGAUUUAACAGCUCAGAACACGUUAGCUGGAAAGGGAGUGGGGAUAUGUGAAGACCUGAUCACUCUACAGAUCACAUCCUCCACGGUGUGUGAUCUCAGUCUGAUUGACCUACCUGGGAUCACCAGGGUAGCUGUGAAAGGACAACCAGAUGACAUUGGAGCCCAAGUAAGUCUAACGUUAAGAGUGUAUAGCUUUUGGACUUUUGUCCAGUACAUUGCUUGGUUAUCUCAUGGCUAUUGGUUCUCAUCUCAUGAUACACUAAUGAUGAAUUGUUUUAGCCGGGUGUAAAGAAUUUUUACCAUAAUUGCUAGAAAGGUAGCUAUGAUGGUUGAAGCUGGUGAAAGGUACUUUGAAUGUGUUGGCUUUGAAGAAGGUUAAGCUUCAGAACCAUGAAAAACAGAGUGCCCCACACAGGGCUAUAUCACGGUAACAAGCGGUCGGCUACCCUCUUGUGGAUUAAUCAAAUAACUCGGUCAAAGGCUUGCAUCCUGACUGUCUGUCACAUUCUUCUUCCUUUUUUUGCUAGAUCAAUAAUCUCAUUACAAAAUACAUCAAGAAUAAGAGAACCAUUAUUUUGGUGGUGGUACCAUGUAAUGUUGACAUAGCAACAACAGAGGCCCUGAAAAUGGCACAAGAAGUGGAUCCUGAAGGCACAAGAACUCUGGGUAAAGAAAUUAUAUAGAUACAUGUAUUUUUUUAUAGGGUUUAUGUAUUAGCAGUUAUCAUCAUGCUUUUCAUUUGUCUUCAAGCCAUUCUGACAAAGCCAGACCUGAUAGACCCGGGAGCAGAGAAGAAUGUGUUGGAAAUUGUCCACAAUAGAGUCAUCGUUCUCAAUAUGGGCUAUGUCAUUGUGAAAUGUCGUGGUCAGAAGCAAAUUGAUGAAAACAUGUCCAUAGCUCGUGCGAUUGAGGAUGAAUUGGAAUUCUUCCAAAAUCAUGAACACUUCAGGUAAAAUGUGUUCUUGCCAUGUGUUAAGUGAACUAGCAUCUUUGUUUUUGAUGGCUUCACAUCUGAAAAUGUUCAGGGCCACAAACUGUAUGUUUCAGGAUUUUAUGAAAAGUAUAUUUUCCCACAUAUCCACUGAGAGUAGUUCCAUAUAGUAUUGAUGAAUGGUAUUUUCUUCUGAGUCCCAGGCCUUUUUAUUGCUCACUCACCUCCCUUCUCUUACAUUUCUACAUAUAGUACUUUUUAACAUUCAAAAUCAAAUAGCUAAAUGAUCCUUUGUGUGAUCAUCUUUAAACAAUUCCACAAGUUAAUUUAGCUCAUGCACAUAUCUCAAGCUUAAACAGACAGAUUUUGAUGGGGAUUAUUUUAUUAUGUUAAUUAGAUUUCCAUGGGGGCGCGACCAUUGUAGGCCAAGGGGUUAACUGACAUUUGUAUUUGACAUUUUUUAUACCAUUUUCGGGAUGAAAUACUGUGUUUGUUAAAUUUCUCUUCCUUUUAAUGUAUAGACCCCUCUUGCAUCAGGAGAAGGCAACCACCAAGUGCCUAGCCACUAAGCUCACCAAUGCCCUGGUCAGACAGAUCAAGGUUAGUCCAACCACAUACCCUAUGAUUAUCUGUUUCCAGUGCACACUGGAAAACAUGUGGUCUGGUACCUAUUAACUUGUUGCAUGUUUGCUCCUGGUCAGAAAUACCUGCCCCAGAUGUCAGAGAAGAUAAAGGAGCAGCUGGCGGACGUAAAGAUUGCAUUGAGUAAAAUAGAGUGUGGGCCUCCCCUGGAACCUGCAGAGAAGAGAAAGUACCUCAUUCAGGUGAGUCAAUUUUUCACCUUUCCAUCUUUCAGCUUCGUAAACGGCUUCUUUUCUACAAAAUUGCCAUACAAAUGUAUGAUGUAAGGUUUGGAAGCCACACUGUUGCACAGUAGUCCAGGUGUGUUAUUGUCAUGGUUUGGUAAAUUGUCAGGAGAAUGUCCUUGGAGACAAAGUCUGUUUCUAUCACUCCUAUAGACAGUAAAGGCAUCAACUCUGUUGCACAUCCUCUGCCAAUUGGAUUGGUCAGAUUUGCAACACAGCUGUAAGAGUAGAACCACUGUCCAGAAAGACAAAUAAAACAGCAUCAAAACUUUCUCCACUCUCCCACUUCCUCCACUGUCCUUCCUUAAUUUCCCACUGAUUAUGUUUGUCACCAAGUUAAACAAUACUUUGCCUUGACAGCUGAUCUUGCAAAAACACUUGGACACACCAGUGUAAGAUAGUUCUUGCUUAAUAUCUGUAGAUGACGCAAGGAUGGAUGGGUCUUGUGGAGCCAUCUCAUAAAACAGUAAUCUAAAAGGACUAAAUAUGAAACAUUUAAACAGGUAGGUGUUAUUUUGUUAUGUUUCCUUCUUCAGGUCAUAACAGAGUUCAAUGAGCAGAUUACCCAACUGUCCACAGGGGAUAUUAUCGUUGGGGAAAAUCUAUUUGAGCUCAUGCGAAAGGCAUUUAUAGACUGGAUGGAAUGUCUGAAAUAUGACAAAUCAAAAUGUAGGUACAAUUUUGAAUAGACAGGAUAUUGCUCACCAACUAAAUAUUUAUGUUUCCUAAUAUCCCUAAUAUUUACUGAUAUAAUUAUGAUACUACUAAUAGUUAUGUCAUACAAUAGUGAUUAUAAUCCAUUAUAUCUCCAAUAAAUUAUUAACAUUGUUUUCCUCAAUUUAGACAAUGAGGAAGUGCAAAAAGUGGUCAAUGAAUAUGACAAGGAACACAGGGGAAGCGAGCUGCCUGGUUUCAGUAACUACAGGGUAUUUCAACAUGUUGUUCAGAAACUAGUGGCUAAACUUAAGGAUCCAGCUAUGGCGACACUAGAGAAAAUCAGAGGUAAGUGACCAAAAAGCCCUAGGUUUGAUGUGAUUUUCUAAAUGCCCCUUUAUUGAACAUCAUGCAUGGGUCUCUACUUCUGUCAAGACAAACAUGCCUAUUAUAUUAAGCAGUAAGCACUCAAGAAAGCAAGUAUUGGUGAAUCACACCCCCAUCCACAUCGACAGGGCUGAAGUGGGCGGGUCGAGAGCAUUAAGUUCCUCGGUGUCCAAAUCACUAAUGACUUUAAAUGGUCCACACAAGCGCACACUUGUUAAGAAGGCAAGACAGCGCCUCUCCCCCUCAGGAGGUUAAAAAAGGUUUGGCAUAAGAAGGCAAGACAGCGCCUCUCCCCGUCAGGAGGUUAAAAAAGGUUUGGCAUAAGAAGGCAAGACAGCGCCUCUCCCCAUCAGGAGGUUAAAAAGGUUUGGCAUAAGAAGGCAAGACAGCGCCUCUCCCCCUCAGGAGGUUAAAAAAGGUUUGGCAUGGGCCCUCAAAUCUUCAAACAGUUCUACAGCUGCACCACUGAGAGCAUCUUGACUAGCUGCAUCACCGCUUGGUAUGGCAACAGCGCCACCCUCCAUCGCAUGGCGCUACAGAGGGUGGUGCGGAUAGCCCAGUACAUUGUUGGCGUUGAGCUCCGUGCCAUCCAGGACCUCUAUAGCAGGCGGUGUGAAAGGAAGGCCCGGAAAAUUGUUAAAGACCCCAGCCACCCAAGCCAUAGACUGUUCUCUCUGCUUCUGCACGGCAAGCGACUCCUGAACAGGCUCCUGAACAGCUUCUAUCCCCAAGCCAUAAGACUGCUAAACAGAUAACAGAAUGGCUACCAGACAAUCUGAGUUGACCCCUGUAUUUAUUUGUAUAGUUUCACUGUCUCUAUGCACACUCACAGAACUCUACAGACGCACACACACUGUCGCUCCCACACACACACACACACACUCACUUAAUUUGCUAAAACACAUAAUAUCCACACACAUUUAUACUGACUCUAAACACAAACACUCACAUGUAUUCAUCAUAUACACAGCUGCUACUCUGUUUAUCAUAUACAAUCGGGAAAAAAAGUAUUUAGUCAGCCACCAAUUGUGCAAGUUCUCCCACUUAAAAAGAUGAAAGAGGCCUGUAAGUUUCAUCAUAGGUACACGUCAACUAUGACAGACAAAAUGAGAGAAAAAAAACCCAGAAAAUCACAUCGUAGGAUUUUUUAUGAAUUUAUUUGCAAAUUAUGGUGGAAAAUAAGUAUUUGGUCAAUAACAAAAGUUUCUCAAUACUUUGUUAUAUACCCUUUGUUGGCAAUGACACAGGUCAAACGUUUUCUGUAAGUCUUCACAAGGUUUUCACACACUGUUGCUGUUAUUUUGGCCCAUUCCUCCAUGUAGAUCUCCUCUAGAGCAGUGAUGUUUUGGGGCUGUCGCUGGGCAACACGGACUUUCAACUCCCUCCAAAGAUUUUCUAUGGGGUUGAGAUCUGGAGACUGGCUAGGCCACUCCAGGACCUUGAAAUGCUUCUUACGAAGCCACUCCUUCGUUGCCCGGGCGGUGUGUUUGGGAUCAUUGUCAUGCUGAAAGACCCAGCCACGUUUCAUCUUCAAUGCCCUUGCUGAUGGAAGGAGGUUUUCACUCAAAAUCUCACGAUACAUGGCCCCAUUCAUUCUUUCCUUUACACGGAUCAGUCAUCCUGGUCCCUUUGCAGAAAAACAGCCCCAAAGCAUGAUGUUUCCACCCCCAUGCUUCACAGUAGGUAUGGUGUUCUUUGGAUGCAACUCAGCAUUCUUUGUCCUCCAAACACAACGAGUUGAGUUUUUACCAAAAAGUUAUAUUUUGAUUUCAUCUGACCAUAUGACAUUCUCCCAAUCCUCUUCUGGAUCAUCCAAAUGCACUCUAGCAAACUUCAGACGGGCCUGGACAUGUACUGGCUUAAGCAGGGGGACACGUCUGGCACUGCAGGAUUUGAGUCCCUGGCGGUUUAGUGUGUUACUGAUGGUAGGCUUUGUUACUUUGGUCCCAGCUCUCUGCAGGUCAUUCACUAGGUCCCCCCGUGUGGUUCUGGGAUUUUUGCUCACCAUUCUUGUGAUCAUUUUGACCCCACGGGGUGAGCUCGUGAGCCCCAGAUCAAGGGAGAUUAUCAGUGGUAUUGUAUGUCUUCCAUUUCCUAAUAAUUGCUCCCACAGUUGAUUUCUUCAAACCAAGCUGCUUACCUAUUGCAGAUUCAGUCUUCCCAGCCUGGUGCAGGUCUACAAUUUUGUUUCUGGUGUCCUUUGACAGCUCUUUGGUCUUGGCCAUAGUGUAGUUUGGAGUGUGACUGUUUGAGUUUGUGGACAGGUGUGUUUUAUACUGAUAACAAGUUCAAACAGGUGCCAUUAAUACAGGUAACGAGUGGAGGACAGAGGAGCCUCUUAAAGAAGAAGUUACAGGUCUGUGAGAGCCAGAAAUCUUGCUUGUUUGUAGGUGACCAAAUACUUAUUUUCCACCAUAAUUUGCAAAUAAAUUCAUUAAAAAUCAUACAAUGUGAUUUUCUGGAGAAAAAAAAUCUCAAUUUGUCUGUCAUAGUUGAUGUGUACCUAUGAUGCAACUUACAGGCCUCUCCCAUCUUUUUAAGUGGGAGAACUUGCACAAUUGGUGGCUGACUAAAUACUUUUAUUCCCCACUGUAUUCUGAUGCCUAGUUACCUUACCCCUAUACAUAUCCACCUCUAUCACGCCAGUAUCCCUGUCACCUUACCCCUAUACAUAUCUACCUCCAUCACUCCAGUAUCCCUGUCCCCUUACCCCUAUACAUAUCUACCUCCAUCACUCCAGUAUCCCUGUCCCCUUACCCCUAUACAUAUCUACCUCCAUCACUCCAGUAUCCCUGUCACCUUACCCCUAUACAUAUCUACCUCUAUCACUCCAGUAUCCCUGUCACCUUAUCCCUAUACAUAUCUACCUCCAUCACUCCAGUAUCCCUGUCACCUUACCCCUAUACAUAUCUACCUCCAUCACUCCAGUAUCCCUGUCCCCUUAUCCCUAUACAUAUCUACCUCCAUCACUCCAGUAUCCCUGUCACCUUACCCCUAUACAUAUCUACCUCUAUCACUCCAGUAUCCCUGUCCCCUUACCCCUAUACAUAUCUACCUCUAUCACUCCAGUAUCCCUGUCCCCUUACCCCUAUACAUAUCUACCUCCAUCACUCCAGUAUCCCUGUCCCCUUACCCCUAUACAUAUCUACCUCCAUCACUCCAGUAUCCCUGUCCCCUUACCCCUAUACAUAUCUACCUCCAUCACUCCAGUAUCCCUGUCCCCUUACCCCUAUACAUAUCUACCUCUAUCACGCCAGUAUCCCUGUCACCUUACCCCUAUACAUAUCUACCUCUAUCACUCCAGUAUCCCUGUCCCCUUACCCCUAUACAUAUCUACCUCCAUCACUCCAGUAUCCCUGUCCCCUUACCCCUAUACAUAUCUACCUCCAUCACUCCAGUAUCCCUGUCCCCUUACCCCUAUACAUAUCUACCUCCAUCACUCCAGUAUCCCUGUCCCCUUACCCCUAUACAUAUCUACUUCUAUCACUCCAGUAUCCCUGUCCCCUUACCCCUAUACAUAUCUACCUCCAUCACUCCAGUAUCCCUGUCACCUUACCCCUAUACAUAUCCACCUCCAUCACUCCAGUAUCCCUGUCCCCUUACCCCUAUACAUAUCUACCUCCAUCACUCCAGUAUCCCUGCACGUUGUAAAUAUGGUAUUAGAACUGACCCUGGAACUGACCUUGUAUGUCGUUUCUUACUUCUCAUCUUGAGUUUAGAGCUUGCAAGAAAGACAUUUAAUUGUACGUGUGCACGUGACAUUAAAACUUUAAUUGACUAAAUAGGAUAGUUCACCCAAAUGUUUCAUACUUCGUGUCCAAAUGAUCCUAAUGUAUCUCAAAUUGAUUGUGUAACUCAAUUAAGUUACUUAUUGAUUAUUUGGACAUAUUCUACACAUUCUAAUAUUGGGACUAUUUACUUACUAAUUUUGUAAUUUGGCUGAACUACCCCUUUAAAUAAAAACAUUUUGUGGACUCUCUUUACCAAAUUCAUUUGUUUUUGUUUUUCAGAAAUGGUGCAGAAGCAAUUUGAUCAAUUGUCCAGAGAGAGCUUUAAGAAUUUUCCUUAUCUUCAAAAGUUCUCAACGGUAAUUAAAAUAGUAAAUUGUUAAGCACUCUGAAAUGAUAAUCUUACAAUUCUGUAUUCUGUGAUUUUAGCCUGAAUUGGAAAUCUUACGAGGUUAGUGGGACUAACAAGAAGGCGGGAAAACAUGAGGCAAAGUAGCACUUAAAAAUCACAAUAUUUUUUUAGGAGGAAUUCAAAUUUACAGGUUGUCCUUUGUAGGAUUGUAGCCUGAAAUGUUCAAAAUAAAACACCACAAGAUACUUAGAGCAUGUCGAACUUAACUUUUAUCUGAAAUAUUAACAGUAUUAUACUGCCUCUCUGCAUCCAAGGUUCUUUAUGUGCUCAUGAUAUCUUAAUCUUUGUAUAAACUCAUAGAUGAACAUUGAAAGAAUCCAGGAAGAUCAGUCAAAAAUAGUGAAGGAGAGGAUCAAGGAGCAGUUUGAGAUGGAGAUGCAGGUCUACACACAGGAUGAAAUCUUCAACAAGUAUAAUCUUGAGGAGGGGGAAACAACAGACGACUCAGACGAGGAAACAACAGACAACUCAGAGCACGACACCAGGAGCAAGUACCCUGGGCUGCUCAAGUCAUACUAUGAGGUACAAUGCAACACAAGUACCCAGGGCUGCUCAAGUCAUACUAUGAGGUACAAUGCAACACAAGUACUGUAAAGUAUUUUUACUUAAAGAGAGUAGGAGGAGAAGUUCCAGAAAUAAAAUGUAAUUAACUAAAACCUGACAUACAGCGGGCAGGUUAUGUACAGCGCGCAGGUUAUGUACAGCGGGCAGGUUAUGUACAGAUGGCAGGUUAUGUACAGCUGGCAGGUUAUGUACAGCUGGCAGGUUAUGUACAGCUGGCAGGUUAUGUACAGUGCCUUGCAAAAGUAUUCAUCCCCAGUGUUUUUUUCCUAUUUUGUUGCAUUACAACCUGUAAUUUAAAUUGAUUUUUAUUUGGAUUUCAUGUAAUUGACAUACACAAAAUAGUCAAAAUUGGUGAAGUGAAAUGAAACAAAUAACUUUUUUCAAGAAAUUCGAAAAAAUAAAUAACGGACAAGAGGUGCGUGCGUAUGUAUUCACCCCCUUUGCUAUGAAGCACGUAAAUAAGAUCUGGUCUAACCAAACCAAUAGUCACAUAAUUAGUUAAAUAAAGUCCACCUGUGUGCAAUCUAAGUGUCACAGUAUAUAUACACCUGUUCUGAAAGGCCCCAGAGUCUGUAACACCACUGAGCAAGGGGCACCACCAAGCAAGCGACACCAUGAAGACCAAGGAGCUCUCCAAACAGGUCAGGGAAAAAGUUGCGGAGAAGUACAGAUAAGGGUUGGGUUAUUUAAAAAAUAUCCGAAACUUUGAGCAUCCGACGGAGCACCAUUAAAAAUCCAUUAUUCAAAAAUUGAAAGAAUAUGGCACCACAACAAACCUGCCAAGAGAGGGCCGACAAUCAAAACUCACGGACCAGGCAGGGAGGGCAUUAAACAGAGAGGCAACAAAGAGAUUAAAGAUACCCAGCUGCAAAGCUCCACAGCGGAGAUUGGAGUAUCUGUCCAUAGGACCACUUUAAGCAGUACACUCCACAGACCUGGGCUUUACGGAAGAGUGGCCAGAAAAAAGCCAUUGCUUAAAGAAAGAAAUAAGCAAACACGUUUGGUGUUCACCAAAAGGCAUGUGGGAGACUUCCCAAACAUAUGGAAGAAAGUAUUCUUGUCAGAUGAGACUAAAAUUGAGCUUUUCGGUCAUCAAGGAAAACGUUAUGUCUGGUGCAAACCCAACACCUCUCAUCACCCCGAGAACACCAUCCCCACAGUGAAGCAUGGUGGUGGCAGCAUCAUGCUGUGGGGAUGUUUUUUCAUCGACAGGGACUGGAAAACUGGUCAGAAUUGAAGGAAUGAUGGAUGGCGCUAAAAACAGGGAAACCUCUUGAGGGAAACCUGUUUCAGUCUUCCAGAGAUUUGAGACUGGGACAGAGGUUCACCUUCCAGCAGGACAAUGACCCUAAGCAUUCUGCUAAAGCAACACUCGAGUGGUUUAAGGGGAAACAUUUAAGUGUCUUGGAAUGGCCUAGUCAAAGCCCAGACCUCAAUCCAAUUGAGAAUCUGUGGUACGACUUAAAGAUUGCUGUACACCAGCGGAACCCAUCCAACUUGAAGGAGCUGGAGCAGUUUUGCCUUUAAGAAUGGGCAAACAUCCCAGUGGCUAGAUGUGCCAAGCUUAUAGAGACAUAAACCAAGAGUCUUGCAGCUGUGAUUGCUGCAAAAGGUGGCUCUACAAAGUAUUGACUUUCGUGGGGUGAAUAGUUACGCACGCUCAAGUUCUGUUUUUUUGUCUAAUUUAUUUUUUUGUUUCAUAAUAACAAAUAUUUUGCAUCUUCAAAGUGGUAGGCAUGUUGUGUAAAUCAAAUGAUACAAACCCCACAAAAAUCAAUUUUUAUUCCAGGUUGUAAGGCAACAAAAUAGGAAAAAUGCCAAUGGGGAUGAAUACUUUCGCAAGCCAAUGUAGCGUACUUAUCGACAAACUUUCUCAUCAGGGUCUUCCACAAAUUUGGGGAGAUCUCAACGUGUAUGUAUGGACUACAGCUAGCUCUGGUACCCCAGAGACAGAUUAGAGAUUGGACACUGAGGUUUCUGCAUCAAAUCAAAUCUAUUGUAUUCAUCACAUACACAGUUUACAGCUGGUAUAAAAGGUGCAGCGAAAUGCUUAUGUGCUAGCUCCCUCAACAAUGCAGUACCGUGCUGAUAUACCGUGUGUUAUAGGGAAAUAAUGCACGCUCUAGAAUGCCCUUCAAGCCAAUCAGAAAUUAUUAUUCAACAAUGCCAUGGUAUAUUCAAUAAUAACAUUAUGAUGUAUUUACAUUACACAGUAUAAUAAAAAAUGUCCAUAUGGCAGCCAUGUUUACUCCCGAUGGGCAAUAUUGACCAAUAGCUGUGUAACUGAAAGUCUACAAUUAGAAUUUGAAUCCACAUACUUGUCAUGAAUGGAUAAAUAGAAUGUUCAAUGGCGUCCGUUCUAAAAGUUAGCCCAACUCUCUAUGUACAGUAUAUAGCUCUGCUCCAGCCUGUACAACUAAUCCUUGACAUCAUCAAUGGGCAUGAUCAGAUCUCUCAUGAAUGCUUUUUUGACAAAUCUUUCAAACAUGAAUUGUUGUGGCAGGGUUGCUUUAUGGUAUAUUGCAUUUUGCGUACCAAUCCAACUCUGAAGUCUAUAUGUUCACCUUGCUGAACCUUGGUUGCCGUUUGGCAAUAUUUUGAUUGCCUUGUGGCCAACUCAUCACUUCGGGACCUCACGCUCCCUCCCACCUCACCUCUCUCACCUCUUUCACCUCUCUCACCUCUCUCACAGAUUGUGGUGCAAAGACUGGCUGACCAGGUGCCCAUGCUGAUCCGUUACUUCAUCCUCAAGCAGUCAGCCAAGAUUGUGUGCAGUGAAAUGCUGGAUCUGCUGCACAGAGACAACACUGAUGACGUCCUACAGGAGGACUUGGAGAUCGGACACUAUCGUGCAAAGUUGCAGGCCCAAGCGGACCGCCUUUUACUGGCCAAUGACAAAGUCAGCAGCCUCUGAGAGGGUGACGCCUAGACAGUUACAAAAUUCAGAGAUGUUGCCAAAAAAAGAAACAGUUUAAUUAACUGCUGGAUCAGUGUCCCAAAAUCGGGACAGUUGCUGCUCAAUAUGCAAUAUUUGACUAGAAUGUUGUUGUUAACAACAGCCAACUUUCUGGGACAUAGACAUGUCUUGUAUCGUCAGAAAGCUUAAAUUAUUGUUAAU